CAAUCCAAAACUGCUAUAAAAACAAGCAACAAUCUAAAAAAAUCUGUAAUAACAUCAUGAUCCUCUAUUAUGGAGCUACUACUUUGUCCUUCAUGCUCAAAGGAGUGUACAACACAUGCAAACGAACUAUCGAAAAUCGCAAGGCACGAAAGCAAGGAAACAUCGUUGAGGAGGUAGAGCCAGUGCCAGUGCCGGUGCCUGUCCCUGUAGUCAUUGGAUCCUCAAAGAAAGAACUCCCUGAAGAAAUUGAAGCGCAAGACAUCUUUGCCCGAGUAUCUGUAAAGCCCGGCAAGAAGAACAGGGACAAGGCACUCGCACAACAUCUAUCCAGUGCCCUGCAAGCACAACUUUCCUCGGCACAUGGGCCCUUGGCUACAAGAGUGGAUACAGCCAAAGUUAUUCUGGAGGUGAAAAUAACUGCUGCGUCCACUGGAAGCAAGAAAGAAAUGGCUGCUACAUUAGAACUUGAAUUUUCAAUCUACAAACCCACCCAAAAUGGUCGAAUAGAAUACAAAAGUGGCUAUGGCAGCUACGUUGAUCUGCGUGAGGGAUCUGGCAAAGAUUCACUGAUUGUCAUUCUUCCAGAAAUGGCCCAUAAACUGCUUCAGCAGGUGCUCUAAGAAAUGUUCCAUAAAGGUUCAACCUCGUCAUAGUGUCCAGGCUGUUUUCAGUUAUUAGUAGUAAGCUCCACAUAAUGCAUUGCAUAAUGCAAUAAGUUGCUUUGUUCCUCC